GGGGAACCCAGCCCACGGAGCUCAGCUGCAUCACUCUGGUCACCAAGCACCCGGCAACUGUCGAGAUCUGAGAUCCAUGGUAGAGAAUGUCUACCAGCUUCGGUCCUUUGUCCUUGAUUCCUUAAUCUCGAGCGUGAGAGCCUCGCCCAUCUCAAUUUCAUCAUGUCAACAAAGCCUUUCCGACAAACCAAUCGGACUUCCAUCACUCGACCGACCAGGGCGACGAAUGGGACGAAUUACAGAGCGUCGAGGGAGCGCUGAGACAACACACCCAGGACACAAUGACUGGGCCAUUAUUGCCCAUGGCUUUCUAUUUGCCUGGCGCUCACCCAUCAUCACCACCAGCAGAUUGGCCCGUUCUGCAACCCUCUUAAUCUCACCCUCGUCCACGACGAUUGGAUCCCCAGCCACCCCGUCAUGCGCCCGCGAGGCUGGGAUACCUCUGCCAUGUUGUUCCUCCGCUACUUCCCAGGUACCUUGUCGCCCGGUAUAGGUACUAUUCAUGGGAAACAAGGUCACUGCAAAGGGUUAAGAGCCAUGAUUCGCCUCACUUCGGGCAUCAAAACUCAGCUGGGAGGCGGGGUGGGAUGCGUUGUCAUCCGAGAUCCAGGGGCGCAGGCUGUGUUUGCGAUCCCCCGUACGGCACGUGAUAUGUAUACGGCACAACAUAGAGCUGCUUGUGCACAACA